CCACCGUCAAGUUGAGUCUAUGCGGGCUCAUCAGGGAAGCUCAAUCACUCACGAACGCACCUUCCCGCACAGUCACUGGCAUUUUUAACUACUUAGCUGGGACACUGAUACGUGGGGUAAUUAGCCGACGCAAGAUGGAUCACGGGGCAUGCGCGGCUAAUGGGGGAGGCGAAGAGCAUGCGCGUAAACGGGUGAGGCUGGAGCAUGGAGUAUCAACAACACCAACACCAGCCAUUGAUCCUUCUGCAGCACAUCUGAACGUUAAGGGAGACAUGGAGAAGAGCAAGAUUGCGGAGUUAACUUCGAAUGCUAGUCACAGCAGGGAGAGGGAGGUUGGUAUUCUGCGAUGGGUGAACGAGGAGAACGUCGGGUUUGAGGGCGUGCUGAAGCAGAGAUACAGCGAUUUCCUUGUGAACGAGAUCACACCUGAUGGAAAGGUCAUCCAUCUCACCAACCUCUACCCUUCAAAGCCAAACAAACAGCAGCAAGCCAAACCUGCUCAACCACCAGCACUACAAGAGCCGGUAAAGGCGGCUGAGCCUGUGGAGUCUGUGCCAGCCCCAACUACAACUGUGGCCACUGAAGUAGUUCCAGCCCCAGCACCUACGGCAAUAGAGCCACCCAAGGCGUCAACUGCUCCAGCAGCUCCUGGUAAUGCAGCUGCUGCAGCGGACUCGUUCGCUCUGGCACCAGAAGAUGCGGUGCUACUUGCCAAUUAUUUCGGCGCCAAUGUUAGGGAGCAGAUUGUCAGGAUGUACAAGAAAAUCUUGGCAAAGCCUAACGAAAAGGCCGCCACUUACGGAUCAGUUACUUCGGAGCCGAUUUUGGACCGUGAACUACGCACAAAGCUGCACCAGGAUAUGAGACGUAUUUUCGAUUUGAGGCUCGAGACCAACACUGACAAGGAUGGGUUCAUCAGGAUUUCCGCGGCUCCAAAAGCCGGACCCAACAGAGGCCCACGUGGUGCUCCGAACCAGCAAACCCCACGCAAUCAGCAGAAGGGCAAGCUCGGUUGGGCAGAACUCGGCGGCGAGCAUCUCCAGUUCUCCUUAUUGAAGGAGAACAAGGACACCAUGGAGGUCAUCUCCUUCAUAUCUAGCCGCUUAGGUAUGAAGCCGCGGUCUUUCGCGUUUGCCGGCACCAAGGAUAGACGUGGAGUUACUGUUCAGCGAGUCAGCGUUUUCCGCAAGAAUGCUGAACAAAUCUCUCAUUUGAACAGAGAUAUGUGGGGCUCCAAGAUCGGCGACUUCACAUACGAGAAGCACGCACUUGAGCUUGGCGAUCUGACUGGAAAUGAGUUCCAUAUUACUCUUAGGGACUGUCAGUUUCCAGGGGCUGAUAACCUAGACGACGAGGGCAAACUUGCGCUUGCCAACAAGGUUGUUGGUGGUGCUGUCGAAUCUAUCCAAUCUCAUGGGUUCCUUAACUACUAUGGACUCCAGCGAUUUGGUACAUACCUCAUUGGCACUGACGAAAUUGGCAAACUCAUCCUCAAGAAUGAUUACAAGGGAGCUGUCGAUGCUAUCCUCAGCUACAGCCCAGAGUGCCUCUCUGCUGGCCAGGAUCCAGACUUUGUCACGUCGGACGGGAAGCCGCUGUCCAGAGAUGACAUUGCCAGAGCCAAGGCAAUCGACAUUUUUAAGGCUACGGGCCGCGCCAAGGAGGCUUUGGACAAGCUGCCAAGAAAGUUUAGCGCCGAGUCGACGAUUAUUCGCCAUCUCGAACGCGGAGACAGAAAGACCGACUACAUGGGCGCGAUUCUCCAGAUAAACAGAAAUCUCCGACUGAUGUACGUGCACGCAUAUCAAUCGCUGGUGUGGAACCACGCAGUCAGCGAGCGCUGGGCCCAAUCUGGGGAUAAGGUCGUAGAGGGCGAUUUGGUCCUUGUGGAAGCCAAUGCCGACAAGCCUGAAGUCGAGGAACUUGACCAAAACGGUGAAGUUGUCGUUCUCCCAGCAGCGGACGACACGGCUGUAAGCACAGACAACAUGUUCCAGCGCGCUCGUCCGUUGUCUGCCGAUGAAGCCGUAUCGGGGAAGUUUUCAAUCUUCGAUAUUGUCCUGCCUACUCCUGGCUAUGACAUUGAGUACCCGCUGAACGCCAUUGGUGACUUCUAUAAGACGUUCAUGGGCUCGGAGCGUGGCGGCGGCCUCGACCCGGCGAACAUGCGACGUGCACAGAAGGAUUUCUCGCUGAGUGGGAGUUACAGGAAAAUUAUGGGCACGGUUGGCAACGAUGUCACUUAUGAGGUGAAGGCUUACACCGAAGACAAUGAGCAAAUGGUUGAGACAGAUCUGGAUCGUAUCAAUAAGAGUCAUGGACAGCCUAACCGCAACGCCGAGCCGAAGCAUAGGUAUGCGGGCAAGGAAGUGUUUGGCAAUACAGAUGCCGAGGCUGGGCGAAAUGCUUGGGCUGAGUCAUCCAAGACCAUUGCUGAGGGUGAUAAAGCCCUUGAGAUAACCGCAGCUAGUGCCGGUAAAUCCAGUGUUUCUGCUGUCCAUGAGACGUUCAUUCAUAAGGAUGGUGGGAAUGGCGAGCAAACUGGAGUGAAGGAAACCUUGUUACUACCCUGGUCCGCGGCAUCUGGUGCAGAUAAUACUACAACGAGCGAGGCUCCGGCUGCAACCACGAUUGCCGAAGCCACAGAGGACAAAAAGCGCGCAGCUGAUGAUAUGACUAGAGAUGACAACGAGGCUGCGGAAAGGCGACGCAAGAUUGCGGUUAUUGUCAAAUUCCAGCUUGGAUCGAGCCAGUAUGCAACUAUGGCGUUGAGGGAGUUGAUGAAGGAGGGAGGCGUUGUGACAUAUAAACCAGACUUCAGCAGCGGGCGUUAAGGUUGGGUGUACAAUAGCAAAAGUCGAUAUGUUACAGGGAUGGGUGGCUACCAAUAGAGUAGGACUAGGCAUAUACAAAAUAAAACGAG